AUGGCGACGUCGGCCGAUCUCUUCAAGAAGUUUACGCUCGAGAACGUGGCGCAGAUUGCGAGCAGCAGCCAUAAAGAGCAGAAGGAGGUGCGCGAGGAGCUGGCAGAGCAGUACCCUGCUCUAAGGGAGCACUGGGAGGAGAUUCUGCCAAAGAAGUCCGACAUCUUCAUCAUCCGCUGCCAAGGUCAGGUGCACUGUAUCACCCUCGUCAGCUCCCAGCCAGAGGUGCUCUUCUUCAACCACCACGGAGGACCGUACAUGCCGCACUUGAAGCUGCUGCAUAAAUACCCCUUUAUGCUCAAGGGGCAUCAAAUGGACAUAGGCGGCUGCCGCCAUGUCAUCUCUGGCGCAAACGUCAUGUGUCAGGGCCUGACCUCUGCUGGCGGCGUUGUUGCGGAUGACACCGAGGAGGGAGAAGUAGUUGCUGUCUACGUGGAGGGCAAGGCGCAUGCGGUGGCGGUAGGUGUAAUGCUCAUAUCCUCGGAGGAGAUCAAGGGAAGGAAUAGGGGGCCGUGUAUUGAAAACGUUCACCACCUCGGCGACGGACUCUGGAUGAAUCCGAUCCUCAGCGCCUCGCACAUUAGCGUCUAG